AUGGCGAUUGUGCAAGGAUGGCUGCCGCCAUCGCGGGAGAACUGGGAGUUGCUGUGCUGGAUUUGGCAAUUCUUUCCGUUGUUUACCCUGUCGCAAUGGGUGGUCGAGUGGUACCCUCAAGGCAAAACUUCGGUCGAGUCACGGCUCAAUGUCAAUGGAAAGAUUGGAUGGGCGACGAUGGAGUCGGUGGGCUUCAUAGCGCUGUUGUAUAUCAUGGUAGCGCUGCCAAAGGAGCUGGGGAUUGAAGAGUUGCCAUGGGGUAAUUGGACCAUGGCCGGAUGCUUUGUGAUCCACUACCUCUACCGUGCAAUCCUGUCGCCUCUAUUUUUGAAUCCGAGUAUGUCACCGAUGCACUUGUUUGUGUGGAUGGCGGCGGUUGUAUUUCAGCUGUGCAACGCCAUCUCUAUUGGGGGAUACCUUGCGGGUUAUGGGCCGACGUCGCAGUACGAGUGGGCAGGGCGUACAGAAUGGAUGUUUGUUGGGCUUGUUGUGUGGUGCUGGGGACUAAUGGGAAAUAUGUUCCACGAUGACGACCUGCGGGAAAUUAGGAGAGCGGCGGAUCGGAGGCAGCGCAAGUUGGCCAAGGAGGAGGGCAGGGCGGUGGAGAGCGUGGACAAGGUGUACAUGAUACCAAAGAACGGCCUGUUCAAGUACGUCUUAUAUGCACACUACUUAUGCGAGUGGAUUGAGUGGGCAGGGUGGUGGAUGAUUGGGGGAUGGAAGUGCCAUCCGGCGCGCUCGUUCCUGCUCAACGAGUUGUCUACAAUGGUGCCACGAGCGCUGCAGGGCAAGCGGUGGUAUGAGAAGAAGUUUGGUAAGGAGAAGCUCGAGGGUCGCAAGGCGGUGAUCCCUGGGCUGUUGUGA